AUGGAAAGAGGGAAUUGGAUAUUGGUGACUGAGAUUAUUCUUGUGGGGAUACCAACCACCAGAGCUCUUGGGGGUCUCCUGUUCUUUAUUUUUUCAUUGGUUUACUUGGUGACAGUCCUUGGAAACAGCCUAAUCAUUAUGCUGAUUCUCAUGGAUUAUAGGCUUCACUCACCCAUGUAUUUCUUCCUCAGAAAUCUCUCCUGUGAAGUAUUAACCACAACCCGUGCUGUUCCCAAGAUGCUGGCAGGCUUCCUGUCAGACAGAAAGAACGUAUCCUUUGGUGGAUGCUUUACCCAGUCUUAUUUCUACUUCCUCUCUGGAUGUACAGAGUUUAUAGUUUUUGCAGUCAUGUCCUAUGAUCGCUAUGUGGCCAUUUGCAGCCCCCUUCAGUACCCAACAAUUAUGACAAGCUCACUGUGUGUGCGUCUUGUUAUCCUCUCCUGGGUGGGUGGUUUUCUCCUCAUUCUCCCGUCCACUGUCCUUAAGGUGGGGUUGCCAUACUGUGGCCCCAAUGUGAUUGAUCACUUUUUCUGUGACAGUGCCCCCCUCCUCUACUUGGCCUGUGCUGACAUCCACAUCAUUGAGCUGUUAGACUUCCUCAGCUCCCUUGUCCUGCUCAUCAGCUCCCUCUCACUCACUGUGGUCUCCUAUGUUUACGUCAUCUCCACCAUUCUGAAGAUACCCUUAGGUCAAGGUCAACGCAAAGCCUUUGCUAUGUGUGUCUCUCACUUCAUUGUGGUCUCCAUGGGCUAUGGGAUCUCCAUUUUUGUGUAUGUCCACCUCUCCCAGAAGAGCAGCUUACAUCUCAACAAGAUCCUCUUUAUCCUCUCUAGUGUUCUCACACCCCUCCUGAAUCCCUUCAUCUUCGGUCUACGGAAUGAAACCAUGAAAGAUGCUCUGAAGGACAACUUGGCCAAGGGCUGGAACUUCCUCAAGGGGAUGAGGUCCAAGUGA